AAAAAUUCUCGAGAAUUUCCAGCAGAUGAGCCAGUGGCUGUGCUAAGUGCUUGCUCCAGAGAGAGACUGGAAACAUCGGAGAAGGCAGCCUUAUUUACAGAAAACCCCUCUCCCGCCCUCCGUUAGCUAAUUAAAAUUUUUCCAGGGACGUUGCCAUCACGAGUUGCAUCGUUUUUCUGGAAGGCAGCCCACUGCUGUUCCAUUGACCUUUCCCUCAUUCCUGAGUGCUCUGGAGUUAUGUCAACAGCUGCCUUACUUACUUUGGUUAGAAGCGGUGGGAACCAGGUGCGCAGGAGAGCGCUGCUCAGCGCCCGCCUGCUGCAGGACGACAGGUGGGUGACGCCCACGUGCCACAGCUCCACCUCGGAGACCAGGUGCUCUCGGUUUGACCCUGAUGGUAGCGGACGGCCAGCCACGUGGGAUAAGUUUGGCAUCUGGGACAACCGCAUCGAUGAGCCGAUUCUGCUGCCGCCCAGCAUUAAGUACGGCAAGCCGAUUCCCAAAGUCAGCCUGGCGAACGUGGGCUGCGCCUCGCAGAUUGGCAAACGAAAAGAGAACGAAGACCGGUUUGGCUUUGCUCAGCUGACAGAUGAAGUCCUGUACUUUGCAGUGUAUGAUGGCCAUGGCGGACCUGCGGCGGCCGAUUUCUGUCACACCCACAUGGAGAAAUGCAUCCUGGAUUUGCUUCCUAAGGAGGAGAACUUGGAAACUGUGUUGACCUUGGCUUUUCUAGAAAUAGAUAAAGCCUUUGCAAGGCACGCCCACCUGUCUGCUGAUGCGACCCUUCUGACCUCUGGGACUACUGCAACAGUAGCCCUUUUGCGAGAUGGUAUUGAACUGGUUGUAGCCAGUGUUGGGGAUAGCCGAGCUAUUUUGUGCAGAAAAGGAAAACCCAUGAAGCUGACAAUCGACCAUACUCCAGAAAGAAAAGAUGAAAAAGAAAGGAUUAAGAAAUGUGGCGGUUUUGUAGCUUGGAAUAGUUUGGGACAGCCUCACGUGAACGGCAGACUCGCGAUGACCAGGAGUCUUGGAGAUCUGGAUCUUAAAACCAGUGGUGUGAUAGCAGAACCGGAAACAAAGAGGAUUAAGCUACAUCAUGCUGAUGACAGCUUCCUGGUCCUCACUACAGAUGGAAUUAACUUCAUGGUAAACAGUCAAGAGAUUUGUGACUUCGUCAAUCAAUGCCAUGAUCCCAAUGAAGCAGCCCAUGCAGUUACUGAACAGGAAGUUUGGUAAAAGAAAGAAAAACAUUACAAGAAAAGAUAUGGUCUCCUAUUCAUUGCCUGGGAAGUGAGGAACCAAAGGUAGGCUAAGAAACCUGGAAAACUUUCUCCCUCUUUCUGAGUAGGGUCUUGGGACAUAAACAUGGAAGCUACAUUUAGGAGUAUGGAGAGUUUCCAAACUAACAAGCAAAAAGAAACUCUAAAGCACAAGAUGACCUUCUAAAAAUGUAGGUUUUAUUUUUGUUUUGAAUUCUUCACAUUGCUAUUCCUCUCUUUUACUUUAAAAAACAAGCGUGGGAGUGAUGUUGUUGACUUCAGAGGUUUAAGAGUCACUGAUGCAUUGGGUGGAUUGCCAUCUGUGACAAAGAAGAAUUUGUAGGACAUGUAGGCCUUGGUCUGGAGUGGAUUUUGCUCUGCUCAACCUGAAAGUUUUUAAAACCCGAAACUAGUCAGCUUUGACUAAAGCAUAAAAACACACUAGUGUCUGUUUUUCAAGCCACAAUGUUGAAGUAUAACUUAUAGAUUAUUAUAAUCCAUAAAAGAUAAGCAUACACGUAUUAGGCUUCUAAGUCUAUUACUGGGAAUUAUGCAAAUAGUAGUGGAACAAAAGGACUGUUCUAAAUCGUUUUUUAGUUAUAACUGUGAAUUUGCCAUGUGGCUAUUACCAUGUGGGUAUAGGUAUGGUGUAAAUUAUAUUAAUGUAAUUAAACUUAAAUCAAUUGUAUUUAUGUGUGCCUUUCAUUUAUAUGUAGUAUAUAAAUCAUCUUUCUAAAAUGUGUUGCCUAACUUUGCCAUCAUUGAUUUGGCAAAAUAGUCUUAAAAUCAUUGUGAUUUUUCACAAGUAUAAAUUCUUAAAUACCUUAUAUAGUCAAGUGUAAAUGCAGUCCUGCUUUCCAUCAACUGUUUGUUACAGACCCUUGUGUUAAGUGCGUCAAAGUUUUAUGCACUUUUUCUGAAAAAAUAAAGUUUUGGCAGGAUCAGUUUUGAAUUUCUGUACUGUAUGAUGGGAAUUACUUACUUUGAAGAAUUGUUAGCAUGUAAUUUAAAUAGAAAUUAUUUUUUCUAAGUGGAAUUUAAUUUUUUUUUAAACAAAUCUUGGCAGAGAAUGAGUAGGCCUAUACUAACUCUUCAGUAUCAGACAGGACAUUUAGUUUUCUUUCUAAGAAUGGACAAGGAUUUAAUUUCACAGUAAUAUUAUAAUAAGAAAAUGCUUCAAGGUGCAGUGGGGGAAGGGAUGGUUAAAGUUUAGCAUUGAACCCUUAAACACAAACGUGUAUUUGUAUUUUCCUUUAGCACUUCAGCUCACAUACCCGCGUCUGUGCAAAGUGACAUAAAAUUCUGGUUGGGUUACGUUUUAUUGCAUUUAUUAUAUUCACUUAUCUGGAUGACUUCAGCAGAAAUAAAAAGUCAUGUCUUUAGAAGCCAAACUGUGAUGACCUGCCUGUUGCUUUUGGCAUCUGGAAUGAGACCGCUUGACUCUCUGGCAGCUCCCCUUGGUUGUUAGAUGGUUGAAAUGGUCCACGGAUGGUCAUACUGCGCACUCUAGGCUGUGAAGUCAUGGCGUUGUUCCAUCUCCAAGAAUGACUCUUCUUCCACUGGAUUUCUGUACAGAAUUUAGCAGUUUGCUGUCUCCCAAAUUAGUUUCUGCUAAAGUGCUCUUGUGUACAUUUGUUUUAUAAUUUACCAAAGUACUAAUUGGGUGUAUAGCACUUCUGGAGUGGGCUGAUGUAAUUGCUGCUUUGACCAUUGUUUUAAAAGUAUGUAUUAGAGUAACUGUAAGCAUACUAAAAUCAUAUUUCAGUGUUCAAAGCAACAUUUAAAUAAAGUACA